AUGUUAAAAUAUAUUCUCCCAAGUUUUAUAUAUUUUUCUCUUCAUAACACUUUACACAUUCUCACAAAUGGCGUCUGUUCAAUAUGGUAUGGAUCAAGGAAUGGAGAUUUUUAACAAUGAGCUUAUGAUCAUGUCGUUUCUGGAAGAAGAAUCGCCUCUCGAUAAUCAUAGUAGCAUCAACAAAGAGGAAGAAGAGGAACUAAACCGCAUGAUUAGAUCUUUAGAAGUGGAGAUCAACUCGAGUUCUUCUUCGCCCAUAGAAUCUCAGGAAAAUGAUCUCCAACAGGAGAAAUCCGGGAUAGAAGAUGAUUUCGGGUGGCUUAACGACUUUGAUAUCGGUGCGGUUUCGUCUCAAAAUGCUGAGGACAUGAUGAAUUGCUGUACAGAGCUUUCUUACAUGAAUGGUGUGGAUAGUAGCGUUCUCGAUAUUGAAGGUGGCGAUUAUUAUUCUCAUAUUAACUAUGGACUUACAUUUGAGGAACCAACUCUUUCUUUGUGGCAAGAGAGUAAUGAUGUAGUUAUGUAUUGAUUGAUUGGUCUCGUGAAGUCAUAAUAAUAUAGCAACAAACACUGUUUCAUAUC